AGAGGACUUACUAAUUAAUCAUUCGUUUGCGGGGACGUUUGCUGCUUCUUCCCUAUCAAAAUGGGGGAUAAAAAGGAUUUGGAAAAUGGGGAUGCCUUGGCGGAGAAGAUUCGUAAACCAAUUAAAUUGCCAGCGCUGCCAAAGAGUCUUAACAUAGAUGAGAAGAAAUAUCUCAUGGCUGUUGAGAGAGGUGACAUCGCGAAUGUUAGACGAAUGAUCCAAAGAGCACACCGCAAGAACCACAUAGAUUUAAACUGUGUGGAUUCUCUCGGUCGUGGUGCUUUGACUCUCGCUAUUGAUGGAGACAACCUGGAGAUGGUGGAACUCCUGGUGGUGAUGGGGGUACAGACCAAGGAUGCCUUGCUCCAAGCAAUUAAUACAGAGUUUGUUGAAGCUGUUGAAUUGUUAUUGGAACAUGAGGAACUGAUACACAAGCAUCCAGCACCAUAUAGCUGGCAAACAGUGGAUCCAACAACAGCGCUCUUCACACGUGACCUCACUCCACUUGUUCUAGCGGCACAUAAGAACAACUACGAAAUAAUCAAAAUCCUUCUCGACAGAGGUGCAACGUUACCAGAUCCUCAUGAUAUACGAUGCGGCUGCGAUGAAUGUAUAUUAGAUUCAACUGAAGAUCCAUUACGACACUCUCUUGCCCGACUCAACGCGUACAAAGCUAUGGCAUCUCCAUCUCUUAUAGCUUUAUCUUCUACCGACCCAGUUUUGACUGCUUUCGAACUGUCUUGGGAACUACGGAACCUGGCGUAUGCUGAACAGGAAUGUAAAGCAGAGUACCUUGAACUACGUUGUCAAGUGCAAAGGUUCGCUGUAGAUCUCCUGAAUCAGUCUCGAAGCUCUCAGGAGUUGGCCAUUAUCCUGAAUCAUGAUCCCGAGGAGCCAUUUGAAGAAGGAGACCAUAUGAAGUUGGCUAGAUUAGAAUUGGCUGUUGAUUUUAAACAAAAGAAUUUCGUAGCCCAUCCAAAAAUCCAACAACUUCUAGCGUCUCUAUGGUACGCGGGAGUUCCAGGAUUCCGACGAAAGUCAAACAUAGAGAAAGUUUUUAUCAUUAUGCGAGUUGCAUUACUAUUCCCGUACUACUGUCUACUGUAUAUGGUAGCACCGAAUUGCGAAACUGGGAAGCUGAUGAGGAAGCCAUUCAUGAAGUUUUUGAUACAUGCAUCGAGUUAUUUGUUCUUUUUACUAAUCUUGAUAUUGGUAUCACAAAGAGCAGAAGUGCAAGUCGUUCAACUAUUCGGGCCUGAGUGGAUGGUCAAGAAGGUAGAAGAAGAACUGAAGAGACAGAGGGGGAACGGCCCCACUGUUCUGGAAAUACUUGUUCUUAUAUACGUGAUUGGUUUCAUUUGGGAAGAAACACAAGAGAUGUACACGGAAGGCUUUCGCGCUUAUCUCCGCAACAUGUGGAACUUUAUCGACUUCACCCGAAACUCGUUAUAUGUGAUCGUUGCGUUGCUACGUUUUGUGGCUUAUUUUCAGCAAUUUGCUGAGAUACAACGCGAUCCCAACACAAGAUUUAUACCAAGAGAGCAAUGGGAUGAUUUCGACCCGCAAUUGAUUGCUGAAGGUUUAUUUGCUGCUGCUAAUGUGUUUAGUGCGUUGAAACUGGUGCAUCUGUUUUCAAUAAACCCUCACCUGGGUCCACUUCAGAUCUCGCUUGGGAGAAUGGUCAUCGAUAUCGUCAAGUUCUUCUUUAUAUAUAGCCUUGUGCUUUUUGCUUUUGCUUGCGGUCUGAAUCAAUUACUUUGGUAUUUCGCCGAUUUGGAAAAGCAAAAAUGUUACGCUUUACCCGGCGGUCUCCCGGAUUGGGAACAUGCGGGGGACUCUUGUACUAAAUGGAGAAGUUUUGGAAAUGUAUUUGAAGCGUCGCAGUCACUUUUCUGGGCGUCUUUCGGCAUGGUUGGUCUGGACAGCUUCGAACUGGCCGGUAUUAAAAGUUACACCAGAUUCUGGGGUCUGCUGAUGUUUGGGUCCUACUCCGUGAUCAAUGUGAUCGUUCUACUGAAUCUACUCAUCGCUAUGAUGUCCAAUUCAUACGCUCAUAUUGUUGAACAUUCAGACGUGGAGUGGAAGUACGCUAGGACAAGGUUGUGGAUGUCAUAUUUUGAAGACAGUCCCACAUUACCACCGCCCUUUAACAUACUGCCAACACCAAAGCGAGUUAUGAAGAUCUUCAGUCUGAUGGAGAAGAACAAGAAUGUUAAAGUUAAGGUGGAAAAAGAGAAAGAGGAUGAUGUGCGGUACACAGCAGUUAUGCGUGCGUUAGUAUGGCGUUACGUAACCGCUAUGCACCGGAAGCUGGAUGAGGACCCUGUCACGGAAGAUGAUAUUAAUGAGCUGAAGGGAGACGUAUCUGCAUUGAGAUACGAACUCCUGGAAGUGCUGGGAAGGAAUGGAAUGGAUGUUUCUUUCACUAAUCGAAAGGAAAAAGCCGUUCUUGGCAAGCGCAUGAAAGUGUGGGAACGAAGGCUGAUGAAGGACUUCCAAGUGGCUCCCGUCUCCGUUAUGGAUGACGAGGGGAAGCCAGCGAAUGAAGAUGCCCUCGCCAGGUUCCGCAGAAUCGCUAGAAUGGUCGCCGCUGCCAACAGUAAUGAUAAAUGGAAGCAAACGCUUGCUGCUACUGGAGUGUCUCUCUACAGCUCUCAAAUCGGCCGAUGCCGAACCCGUGAGUCGUUCAGAAGUCAGCAGAAACUGCAGCAAGCCAUUGAACAUGCUAAACGUCUUGUUAUGCGUUCACCGCUACCAGAAGGAUCCCGGUCCACAUCUCCGAUUCAAUUGCCAGUGUCUCCCGGUCACACACUGACGGAGCUGAUUAAGGAUAUUUCUCAGGAUGUUGGUGCUGUUGUUGAUAUGAGGACUCCAGUGCCUAAUAGGGUUAACGACAACCUCCUAAGUGUCCCGGGGUCAAUGCAAUCUCGAAGCCCUGCGCCUACAAACCGAGAAAGCAGCACAGGUCGUAAGCCACGAUCACGAAGCUCUUCACCAAAUCGACCUCGGAGCUCGAGUCCAAACCCUGGACCCUGCCAAACCCUUGCUGUUGGAGAUGUACGAUCAGUGGACCCAAGUCCAUUAAAAUCAAAACGCGUGACUGACCCCACUACGGUCCCAAAGGUGGUCAAAAGGAAACCGCCAUCACCACCCAAUGAUCAGCAAGUAACGGAUGCAGAUGGGUGCGGAGACGCCGUGGCAAGACCAGUUGCUGGAGAGCUUAGACCGAAGGGCACCCUGCCUCCUCCACCGUGUCAAAAAGCUAAGAUCCAAGCCCCAACAAUGGAGAUCACACCAUGUACUCCUAUAUGCCAACGUGCGUCAACAGCUGGUAUUGAACCAGCGCCAAAGGCAGAGUCUCAGGUGCCAGCAGUGCCAGUUCCUCCACCCAUGCCGGAUUCACCGGUCAAUUCUUCAGUGACGGAUAGUACGGAGUAUCUGAUACCAUCGCCGGAACCUCUACAGCAAAGAUCUUUGGACGAGAACAUGAGGAGUAUUAAGAAAACAUCGAAAACUUGGCUCUAAUUUAUAUUGAAAUUAUUGUUUUGCUAGUAAGCUUAACAUCCGUAGGAAAACAUUAUUAGAAUAUAUUUUUAGAAAUCCACGAAUAAUUUAAAGUAUUAUAUUUUCUACUUUUGUAUUAUGUAUAUAUUUGUGCCUUAUCAAAACCGUCCAAACAGUAUAUUUAAAAUUCUACUCGCUUAUAUUUAUAAUCCAUUGUUACAUUUAGAUUCACUACUCCUCCCUAUAUUUGUAUGAAAUUUCAAAAUUUAUGUUAUUGUAUCUCCAGUUCCCAAAGAGAUUGAUUAACGUGUCUCAUGUAUUAAGCGUGCGUCAUAUGUAAACCCUGCCACGUUAUUAAACAAUUAUACCAUUCUUGCACGUGUGAAAUGGUGUUAACCAAGGCUUAAAGUUGCUCCCUUUUUUAUUGCUUCAAUAUGCAAAAAUAUCUAAAUCACUUUUGUACGAUGUCAAACAAUUUGUUAUAAUAUUCUAAUUAAAGCAUAUCAUGUGUAAGUCGGCUGAUGUGCAUUAUAGUUUUCUUGCUUCUUUAUGUACACAACCUAUUACAUUUUGAUUAGUAUUUACGCGAGUACUACACUUUAGCUAUAUACUUGUUAUAGUAUAGGAGUAGUUAUAUAAUGGACAUGAAUAAAAAUUCAUAAUAAUAAUUUAUUUACAAGAAUAUGGUUUAUACAUGUUAUGGUGGUACAAUCUAAAGUACGCAUUCUGCCAUAAUAGGGUGCAAAUUUGUCUUAAAAAAUUAUACAUAGAAGUAUGUAACAUUACGAUUUUUAUAGUAAAUUCUUAUAUUAUUUAAGGUUAUAAAAUAUCAUAUUAUUAACUAUAAUGUUUCAUGAAAAUAGUCAUUAAUAGUAAUUUGAAAUUAAAUUAAUUGGAUUUUUCAUUUAUAAGAAUAUUUAUUUCGCAUCUGUGUAAUACAUUUUACGUAAGUGUAAUGAUAGUAGUUUGAUAUUGGCGUUUAUUUACGAAGUAUUAAUGAACAUUGCGUUAUUAUUAUUUGUAAUUUUAAGUUAAUAUUGUUAAGUUUGUCAAUGCCUACAAUGGUCAAUUAUUGCCAUAUUUUUGCUUAAAUUAAGACGUAUGAUAAAUAUUUACAUAGUUACAUUCGGUCUACUAAAUCAAAUGUUUCAGUGAAAUAUUUGAACGUGUAAAAGAUUUAAAUAUUUUUAUAACAAGAGUUGUUAAACUAAGUUCCGUAACUGUAAACAAUGUUAUGGUUUCUGACAGUUGUAAGACUGUAAGUUAAAUUGCUAAUAACCUUUCCUAAUUAUCUAGAAGCCUACGGCUGUUUUUAAUUUCUUGUUCGUCAAGCUUUUUGUUGUAUAAACUUAACCCUCUUUAAAACCAUCCCUAUCUAUAAAUUAGAUUGUUGGUUAUGUAACUAAUUAUAUAACAAAAUAUUAAUAUUAUUAUAGAAUAGCGAAUGUAUACUUUAAAAGCAAUGAUUUUUUUAUCGUUUAGUUUUUACAACAUAAUUUUUUGAUUGAAUAACGUUUCAGGUAACCUACGUAUUGCCUACUGUUAGUUUAUUUAUACUAUAGCAGUGUUGCCCUAGUGGCUUGAGCAUGUGCCUCCCAACCCAUAGGGCGUUCGAACCCCGGCUUCACGAAUGGACUUUCUAUGUGCGCAUUUAAUACUCGCUCGUAUGGGGAAGGAGAACAUCGUGAGAAAACCGGCAGGGUGACUAAACGCCGAUGGCGUGUUUCAGGUACACGCUGAUCACCUACUUGUCUAUUACAAAAAAAGAUCACAAACCAGAUACAGAAAUCGACGUCAAAACCUCAAGAGUUGCAGCACCACUGGCUUUCUUUACUAUCUGUUUCUCAAAACUGAAUAAAAAAAUCUUAAACAUAUUUAUUAACGUAAGUAUGUGGUGGUGUAAGUAUCGUAGAAGCGUGAACUGAACAAAGUAUGAACAGUUUUUAAAAGCCUACAAACAAUGUUUUAAAAAGGUUCUAUUUAGUUUUUAGUAUUUAAGGCAAUGUCAUGUUAUUCCACGUGUUAAAUACAUUAAAAUUAUAAGAUAUGGAGUGUGUAGUUUCAGCAUCGAAUUCGUGACAAAUAAAUGUCUGAUAGACCGCCCUAAGUGUGAUUUGAUUCCAUGUUAUUCGUUGCCGUUGUUUGUUCUUAAAAUAGGUCGAACAUAUUGUAAUAUUAUUCAGUACGAAUUGAUUACACAUUCCUUUGACACAAGCAUUGAUUGUAUCAAGAUUGUGACAAUGUAUUAAUUUUUGGUAAAGAAAAUUUCGUUUUGUUCGUAACAUUAUUUAAAAAUCAAUUAAUUUUAUUGUACUGUUAUCAUUACGGAAUAAUAACGAAGGGUGAUGGCGUCGCAAAUAUAUAAAGUGUCCUUCCUACGUGACAUAUUCCCACAUCAUAAAUUCAUUAUCAUUAUUAUUACUAGUAAGUCGUUAAUCGUUAAUAACUUCCGUUUCCUCAAGUUCACAUUCCGUUUCCUCUUUCUAUCCUUCAUUGUGAUGAAAAUACACAUUAUUGCUAUACUUGAUACCGAAAUGCUUUUUAUAAAUGACUAUUAAAUGAUUUUCAGUUGCAGUUCUUAGAUACCGUUAUGAUAAUUUAGAUUUAUUUAUUUAUAAGAAACUCGGUAGUGAGAAGUCAGUACCCAAUUAUUGAGAUUGAAAACAAAGUUAUGUGUUAUUGUUACAAGAUUGUUAACGAGUAAAGUUAUACAGAUUUUAAUCUUAUACACUAGCUAAAAAUGUUGUUUAGCAUCAUUUAUUCACAUAUAAUAUGUAUAACAGAUGACUAAAUAACAUUUUAUUGUAAUAGCAUCUGUGAUUUUGUAUAAUGUAAUAGUACAUUAUUUGAAAUAUUUUGUGUUUAUCUAAUUGUUAGUUGCCAGCCAUAUCUGUGAAUCAGCAAUAAAA